CACUUCGCUAAACUACAUGAAAAAAUACAAAACAAGUAUGAUGAAAUGCAAAAGAAACUUGAGAAAUCACGAUCCAUUGAUGCGUUGACAACCCUAAACGGUGAUUAUGAUUACAAACAAAAAAAAUAUGUCAGUGUGUGUGAUUUAAGUGAAGCGGUUGACGAUUUGUGUACUAGUGAAAUUGAAAAAAAGGAUAACCAUAAUGUUCAAACUAUCACAUUCUUAGAGAAACCAAAAGAAGUUACAUUUCAAGAAGUCAUUAUUAAGGAGGCUUUUGUUGCUGAAACUGACUCAUUAUUAAGUAUUAGCGACAAAUUUGAUAGUGAAAAUGAGGGUGAUAGUUCAAUUGAUAACAACCAUAGCGGUAGUUUUUUUGGAAAUAAUGAUUUUAAGACGAGCCUUGAAUCGUUAAAUGAGACAAAAGAGAGUGAUGAAUCAUCUGAUCCAAUUACACCAAUAAGUAAAUCAAUUAGAAGUAAAAUAAAAUUAAGGCUAAAAAAGAGACAUAAAGAAAAGGAACUAAAAGAAAAAUGCAGACAAAAAGAACCCCGAGCCAAAGUUGAAAAAUAUAUUUUAUCUAAUACCGCUAAGUAUAAUAUAAUAAAGACAAGCAAAAAAAUCAAAAUAGCAACUGUUACAAUUGCUCUAAUUGAAGUCACAGGAUUAGAUGAAACUCUCGAUGAAAAAGCCCGUGUAUUAUUAUUCCGAUUUAGGUAAAUAAACAAUUACUGCAUUUAGUUUUAUUUCAAUAGAGAACAAUAUAAAUAAUUGCGUCUUUGUUUACCUUUUAGGUUAGGUUCUGAAAAGCGAAAAUCAAAAGCCGUUAAAUCUUAUACUAAACUAGUCAAAUUUCAAGAGUUAUUUAAUUUUAGUUUAAUCGAAGAUGAAUAUAUAUUAGACAUAACGUUAUGGGAUAGAGAAGUACUUAUCGGCAGGAGUUCCUUAGAUCUGUCUCAACUAGAUAAAGAGAAAACUCUUAAAAUGAACAUUCACUUAGAAGGAGAAUUAAAAAAUAUUCAAACUAUGAUUCUUUUAACCAUAAGUGGUACAACCAUGUUAAAUACUAUUUAUAAUGACAACGAAGAUGAAAGAAAGCACACGGAAUAUUUAUUACAGAAAAAAUAUAAUUGGUACCGGCUUUGUGAUGAGUUUUCAAACGUCGGUUUUCUUCAGGUUAUAGUUUAUGGAGCAAAAGGCUUAUCAGGCCAUGAUUGUUAUUGCAUUUUAAAGCUUAAUUACCAUAGACUGCAGACACAAACAGAUUACAAAACUAAUGAGCCUAGUUGGAUGAAGAUAUUUUCAUUUACAGUAACAGAUAUCACUUCUAUUUUAGAAGUGAUUAUUAUUGACGAAAAGAAAUGCGAAGAAGUUGGAAGGAUUUUUAUGCCACUACUAAAAAUACAACCAGGAAAAAGAUGGUAUGCACUCAAAGAUAGCAUACUUAAAGAAAAAGCCAGAGGCAAUAAUCCAAGAAUUUUAUUAGAAAUGAACGUAGCUUGGAAUCUUAUAAAAGGUGCAGUUCGAGUGAUAAAUCCAAAAGAACCAAAUUACCUAGAGACAGAUGAAAAGUUAGAUAGGCAUGUUUUUUCAAGGAAUCUAACAAGAGCCAAAGCUGUUACAAGAUGGAUUAUUGACACUUUUAAAAUAUACAAAACCUGCUUUGAAUGGGAAUCAACAAAAUUAAACGUAGCGUCUCUCAUCCUGUGGCUCACAUUCUGUUUUUACGCUAAAAUGUGGAUGAUGCCCUUACUGUUUCUUAUACCAUUUUUUUGGUAUAAGCCUGAGGGAUAUACUUUAAUAGAUUGGAAGUCAAAGCUUAUGGAUGAAAUCACACCUGAAAAUAACGUCGAUACCAAAAAUGAAAAGGAGGAUAAUAAAAACACGUCUUUAAGACAAAAAAUAAAUAGUCUUCAAGAAAUUAUUCAAUCUAUCCAAAACAUACUUGGAAAAUUUGCAAGUACUGGUGAAAGUAUAAAAAAUUUAUUCAACUUUACUGUUCCCUUCGUCAGUUUUUUGGCUAUAUUUUUCAUCGUGGUUGUCUCAUUUGUCAUGUACUUGAUACCUUUUAACUACAUUUGCAUGAUAUGGGCUGUCAAUAAAUUUAUGAAAAAUAUAUUUCGACCUAACAGAAUUCGUAAUAAUGAAAUGAUGGAUUUGCUCUCUCGAGUUCCUGAUGACGAAACUUUGAUGGAGUGUGAAGAUUUACCUCUCAGCCAUAUAUCCGACGAUAAUGAAAAUUGAUAGAGAAAGAUCUGAAUUUAAAAGAAUCUUUUUAUGCAAAAGUAAAUGUGAGACAUCUUUAUAUAAAAUGUACGGAGUACAAAAAUUUAUUCCAUUUUAUUUAUAAUAUUCUAUUUUAAGAAAAUAUUUUUUUAAGUCUAUAAAUAAGUUUGCUAUAAAAAUGUUAUAAACAUUAAAUGUUUUUUUCAUUACAAUCGGCUAAUUUAGUAGGUCAGGUAGUUAACCGUAAUACCGGAAUCAAGUCUGAGUUCCUUUUGAUAAAAAUAAAAAUAUUUUUAUUUUGGAAAGUAUACUGUCAUGGCCGGACUGAUAAUAUUGAUCUGCUUGAUUUUAUUAUCAGUGAUUAAUUACGUUCUACCUAACAUUUUUAGAGGUGACGAACCAAGCCGUAGAUUAAAAAAAAAUGUUGUCGUGAUGCGUGUUUAUUUUAAUGUUUUACUGAAGUUCCAUUCGUCAUCAUCAACCCAUAUUCGGCUCACUGCUGAGCUCGAGUCUCCUCUCAGAAUGAGAGGGGCAAGGCCAUUAGUCCACCACGUUGGCCCAAUGCGGAUUGGCAGACUUCACACAUGCAGAGAAUUAAGACAAUUCUCUGGAAUGCAGGUUUCCUCACGAUGUUUUCCUUCACCGAUUGAGACACGUGAAAAUAAUUUCUUAAAAUACACACAACUGAAAAGUUGGAGGUGCAUGCCCGGACUUACUCUUCUUUAAGAGAAAUGUUUAUACAAAAAUAUAUGAUUAUUAUUUAUUCACUAUUAAUCCCAUAAUUAUAUUCAAUUAUUCAACAACAUCAAAAAUAGAUGAGUGAUAAAAAUUAAUGAGUUGGCUUAAUUUCUUUUAUCUAGCAUAUCCUGGACUUAAGCGGCUCUAGUGCUAUUAUUGUUCAAAGUAAUUAUGUUUAUAAUAAAUUAAAAAGCAUUAUUAGUAGAUUUGUACUUCCGUGUUAAUGUUGUUUUGUUGUAUCAAGCACUAAAUUUUUGCAUGUUAUCGAUUGCCUGUCCGAUCCUAACUUUUGAUCAAUUGUAAGUUUUAAUUGAUGAUCUAUAACAAUUUAUCAAUGCACUUGAAAUACCUAAUCACUUUUAUACACCUAUACUAAUCGAUUUAGAUCUACGUCAUACUCU